AUGGAACUAACAACCCGCACACAUAGGCUCAGGGAAUAUCUGCGCAGUUUCUUACUAGAGGAGAACAAGGAAAUUCUACCGCUAGGACUCUGCAAUCGCAUUCUCUCCUUCUCAUCUAUCGAAACUGUUAAAAACUUCGCGAGAUGUUCAAAAUGGACCAAUGAGAUAUCCCAACCCCACCUUGCUCACACGGUUAAGUCUCGCAACAAUAAUCUCGCUCUAUUUCUCCCCGAUCAAAGGCUACGGGAGUAUCGCAAAUAUAUCCGGCAUCUAGUUCUUGAGGACCAGCUCUACGAGGCUGAUACAAGCGCCCUAAAAGAAAAUUUAUCCAGACUUCGAUAUUUCAAGGAUGUGACACACCUUGAAAUAUGUCUGGAUACCGCAUCCAGCCUGACAGUAAAUCUACUGACCGCGAUACUCCUAAGGGUGUCGCAGUUUCAGUUUUAUCGGCGGCUCAGAAAAUUAUCGAUCGAAUUUUCCAGCGAUUAUGUCAACCCAGGCUUUGCCGCCCUCAAAAAUGACGACUUGUGGCAUAUGAUUACUUGGGACGAUCAAGAGUUUUUAGAAUAUCCGAUGACUUAUACCCGACUCUACGCAUUGGUUGGAGGAACUAUCCCUCCAGCCCCUAACCUGGAAGAGGUAAACAUCAAUAAAGGUUACCAGACGAUUGUUGGACUCGGUACUUUGGCUAAACUCCUCUGCUUGUCACCAACGGCAAAAUUGUUGACGGCAGGGCAGUUUGAUUCCGGUAUAUGGGAAGACAGAAAACUCAACCCCAGUGCAAAACCAAUUUACAUGUCACCAGCACAUCCACUUUGUUAUACAUUGACGGCAUUAGAAGUGACAAUGCUAAAGAAUGACUUCGGAGAAGCAGUUCAAGUUAUCGUUUCAGAAUUCUCAGGCCUUGAGAACUUUGUUCUACGAGCAUCAAAGUCGUUUUUCACUAUAAAGCAGCCAAAAGCAGUGCGUAAGGCUUGGUUGUAUACCCAACUCAAGAACCUAAAAAAACCAAAGAAGCUUGCAAUUCCCUGGCCAUGCCACUUACAAUCAGCCGAAUAUAAAAAGUAUCGAAGGGGCAGAGGCUAUGCAUCAGCGUUGACACGUACCAAGGAAGAAGCUUACAUUGAGCAGGGAGAACAGAUUUGGUACCCUCAUUUGCGUAAGAUUGAACAAUGGGUCGAAAAACUCAUGAUAAAGGGAAUUCCUCUUGAAGAAGUUCGUUUUAGCGCAUUGAAGUUCUCGGCUACUGAGGAUCGGCCGAGACCUAUCAUACGAUCUAAUAUUGUGGAAUUAUUCUCUACGGUAGAGAGGUACCCUCACUUGCCAUUGGCACGAUUUGGGUCAUUCGAUUGGGAGGAGUAUGAGAUUGAUUGA